AUGAUAAGAUACCGGCUUCGAUUGAUACCGCUCACAAAAAUCGAAUUGCACAAUAUUGCACUGUUCUGUUUCGUAAAGAAGACGAAAUGCCGAAUCCAUUCCGUCACAUGCUGUUGGCAACAUUCUCUCCAUCAUCGAAAGAAAGGCAAAGCGCCAAAGCAGAUAAAAUAACUGUACUGCACUCAACUUGUUAUGCAGGUUUUGAUGUUUUGUUUUCCUAUUUGACUUGAAUUUGUUCAUUUGUCCAAACGUGUGAAAGUAACGCUGCCGGCUGGCAAACGAUUCCGACACCCUUACGCACCUUCAUUUAGUACAGGGCUCACCAUUACCAUCGAACGGAACAGAUAGCCGAAAAGAGUAAAAAAUAUACACGCCACGCUUGUAAACGUAGGCGACGAAUUGGAUCACUGCCUGUGAUCACUGACUUUGGUUUCAAUGUUCGCUCCCUUUUCAGUGCUAAUUGUACUGUGGAACCGGGAGGAUCGCGCCACAAUCACAACAGAGUGCGUGUUAGUUUGUAGCAAGCAAGAAGUAAUUAGUGAUAGAUAGGAAGAUGUCCGCUCCAAGAAGCACAAUGUCCGAUACAAUCCGUGAGAUGUAUCAGUUCGGUGUAGUCGAUUAUUGUAUGUUCGGCGGGAUGCUGAUCUUGUCGGCCGCAUGUGGAAUCUAUUUUGGUUUCUUUAAACGAACUACCGCAAAUAGCACUAGUGAUCCGGAAGACGAACAGGACCAUCUACCAGCGGAUGUUAUGUCCACAAAAAAGGCUACAAAUACGUUCGGAUCAGCCACAAUCGACGAAUACCUGCUCGGAUCACGGAGAUUAAAAGCAUUCCCGGUAGCGAUGAGUCUGCUGGCAGGAUACAUAUCCGGAGUCACUAUACUUGGAACGCCGGCUGAGAUUUACAACUUUGGCACACAGUACUGGCUGAUCGUGGUGCCGAUCCUGUUGAUGGGAGUCGCCGUGUGCAGUGUGUAUCUCCCGGUAUUUUGCUCUUUAAAGCUGAAUUCCUCUUACGAAUAUUUGGAGCUGCGGUUUAAUCCGUACGUCCGAUCGAUGGCUUCAGUUAUGUUUGUAAUUAAUCAGAUGCUUUUUCUACCGAUGGUUAUUUACGUUCCUGCGCUAGCUUUCAAUCAAGUAACCGGCUUUAAUGUAUACGUGAUUGGAGCAAUCGUUUGUGUCGUCUGCAUAUUCUACACCCUUUUGGGAGGUAUCAAGGCGGUUGUGUUCACUGACGCCUGGCAGGUGGUGGUAAUGUUCAUCUCAGUUGUCGUGGUUGUAAUUAUCGGCACGAUUGCACUGGGUGGUCCGGACGUUAUCUGGGACCGGGCUGUUGAAGGUGGUCGAAUAGAUUUCUUCAACUUCACUCCCUCCAUGUAUGAACGACAAACGUUUUGGGCCGUUCUUAUUGGCGGUUUCUUCUACUGGACGUCUUACAACGCCGUGAAUCAAACGAUGGUUCAGCGAUACAUGUCACUACCGAACCUCAGAACAGCAAAAAUUUCCAUCUAUCUGUUUGUCAUUGGAACAGGUAUCUUCGUAUCGGUUUGCUGUUACACUGGAUUGUUGCUGUACGGCAAAUACUACAACUGUGAUCCGGCCUCGGUAGAACUGGUAACAACAAGCGAUCAACUAUUUCCUCACUACGUGAUGGAGUCUGUCGGACAUCUUCGAGGCAUGCCGGGACUGUUCAUUGCCGGCGUUUUUGGUGCUGCUCUAAGUUCGCUCUCAGUAAUUCUUAACACCACCUCAGGAGUGUUGCUGGAAGACAUACUGAAAGGAUUGUUCCGGGUUAAACCAAGCUCAUUGGUAGCGAAUGUUGUUGUUCGUGGUAGCGUAGUUGUACUAGGGCUUGCCGCCAUGGGAUGUUUGUUUAUUGUUGAAAAACUGGAUGGAAUUUUGAUUGUAUCUGCAACUUUGGCGGCGAUUGGUAACGGUACGACGGGUGGUAUCUUCACCUUGGGAAUGUUGGUUCCAUGGAGCAACACUAAAGGAGCUUUCACUUUGUUUGGUGGUAUAGCAGGUGCCCUCUUGUCCGGUUGGAUUUCGCUUGGAAGUCAAUUUGCAAGUGGUGCUGGUAGGAUAGUUCCACACAAGCUUCCCGUCUCGGUAGACGGAUGUAUCGCGGAACUGAUCACCAACACAACGAAUGUGAAUCCAAGUUAUCCCGAUGAGAGCAGUGUGUUUCCAUUGUAUCGGUUGUCUUACCACUGGAUCACACCGAUUGGUGUAACGACGGUCGUGAUCGUCGGAACGAUCGUCUCCUUUAUCACAGGACCUCGCGAUCUUCGUCAUAUUGAUCCGGAACUCAUCUCACCGGUCUUACAUCGAUUUUUACCACGUGAAUCGUUCAGCUACUACGGCACGGCGAACAAAAAUCCUUCAUAUUUCAGCACAGAAAUGCAACCACAAACAAAUAUUCCUGUUGAUAGCAAUGUUCGAUAUGGAUCAGCAAACGAACAAAAUGUGCAUUAAUCAUGAUAAUAAUUCAUCUUUCGAAAGAAAUAACUUGGGAAAAAACAGUCGUGAUAAAUUGCUAAAUCACAAGAAACUCAACCCUAUUAAGGUUAUUGUGGAUGGCUUCAUUUGUUAUUAUCUUUCAUAAUUCAUUACAACAUCUGUGAUACACAAUAUAAACAUAU